UUUUCGGUUGCUUCGUUGCCGUUUGGUUGACUGGUCGUCGUCGCCGCCGUCGUUGGUGUUUGGUGUAUGCGCGUAUGCGUUUCGUAUAGAAUACAUAGUUUUUAAAUUGUUUGUCGUUGCAGCCAGUUGCUUCAGUUGGUCGUGAGCGGUCGUGAGUUGUUGACGUGUUGUUUGGUGAAAUUUUCUUUGUCCAAUAAUUUCCUCUGUGUUCUCAGCUUCUAUAAAACGGCUACGGUGUUAUUUGUCGUCGUAUUUUACGUGUAUAUCGCAGUGGGAAAAAUCGUGUUUCGCAUACUUGGUCUCUCUCGACACAUAUGCAAGAGAUACUUGUAUAUAUGUUCAUAGAGGUUUUGAAAGUAUUUGUGCAAUUGGAUAUUUGUUAAAGACGAAGCAAAGGUUUUAGCGACGGCAAAAUGUUUUUGCGACAGAGUGUUGUUUGAAAACAGUUGAGAAAAUUUCAUUGAAAAUUUUGAAAAAAAAAAUUGGCUAAAAUAAGUUUGAAAUAAUCAAGCCACUAAAGAAGGAGAAGAGGAAUUACGUGAAAUUUGAAAAUAAAUUUUAACAAAAUAAUAUUGAGAGAAACAGCAUUAAUACCGCCAUAAUUUAGUAACUGUUUUAAACUGUUUUGAAACUGUGAAAUAAUUGAAUUUUGAACUAAAAAAUGCUAUUAAUAACUGUUUAAAAAAUUUUGGUUCAAGAAAUUUAUUCAAACACUGAAGACGGUCAACGAAGCUCAAUGAUUUCAAAUCACACAAACCAUUGAAAAGAAAAAGAAUAAAUACCAAUAUAAUUCAGAAAGCAAAAGAACACUGAGAAAACACCCUGAAAAGUGUUCCAAAUUCGAAAUUUUCGUAAAUUUUAAGUCAACCGAUAUCUCUUCUAAAAUUCUCCAAUACUAAAGUGUGAAGUACAAAGAAAAAAGAAAUAAAGUUCAACUGAAAAGUGCAAAGUGAAAAUAUUCCGAAAGCGAAAAUCUUGUAUCCUAAGAAAGCAAAAUCAGUUCAAAGCCCUUAAAAGUGCAAAGCAAAAAAGAAGUAAAAAGAAAAGUAAAGUAAAAGGAAUAAAAACUCCUGCUAAAGCAAAGCUAAUCAAAGCAAAAAUCUCAACAAAAUGUUCACAAAAAAGAAAAUCAACGCCACCCUAAUAAUGGCAUUCGCUGUCACAACGCUGCUGGGAUUUUUAAAUGCGGAGGCAGUGAGCUCCAAGGAUCUCUUCAGAUGCCGCCAAAGUUGCUAUAGAAAGUUUGUUAAAGAUUGGCAUCACUGCAUGGAUUUUGAGGAUUGCAAAAAUAUGUGCAUCACACCACCUAAUAUCAAUAGUUAUAUCCCAGAAGCGUUCAGUUUUCUGUGCUGGAACAAUUGCGAUCAACAAUUGGGCCCCUUCCCGCUCAACAUUAAUUCGGCUUUGCGUCAAGGUUCGCUCGUGCUGACGAACAUUGCCUGGGAUCAGGCGAUUACGAAUGCAUCGAAACAGUGUCUGGUCACUUGGGAGGUCUCCGGAGGCGGUCUAAUGGGCAAUCUAUUGACUGAUAGUUCUACUGUUGAAUUAUCCCUUUGGCCAGAUACAGUAUAUCACGUACAAGUUACGUGCAAGCAUAAGGAGACCGGCGGCAUGCGGCGCUCGUACAAACUCAUCGUGGACACGCACAAGCUGAGUGACAGCACCGUCACCGGCAUGCAAGCGAUCACACUGGAGACCGGCAACAUGGCUAGCAAGGAAGGAAUGAUGCCACAUCUUUAUGGUUCCGCAAGCGCCAUGGAUAUUGGUGCUAACUCAGGCGAAGCGGAUUCGCGCAUGCGCAUAUUGAAGGAUAGUUCAAAGGACUUCCUUAGUCCCUACAAUCCAGACAAUGAGCUAGCAAAGAAGAGUAACAGUGAGAGCAGUACAAGCAGCAGCAGCAGCUCUACAGUAACCACAACAGUAACGACGUCCACCUCGAGCACCACCAGCAGCACCCAACGCAGCGCCGAGGAGAAGCCAGAAGAGGAGGAGGCAGUAGAGCUCUCCAACGUCGAUGACAACGCCGUUCAACGUGUACACCUCGUUGAGGAACCGUCUCUGAAGGCGUGGAUUGCGUACGAAUUCAAAAAAUAUGCAAUGGUUCUGGUUGGCAUUGGGAUGAUGUUGUACAUGUAUAUGCGGCCAAAGUUUCUUAAGGACAUGCCAGAUGAUGAAGAAGAAGAAGUGAAAACGGACCGCCAAGUGCUGAUACAUGAGGAAAUGCUGCCAAGUCAAACGCCUCAAGCGUUGGGCAUCUCACCAGCGACGGCGGCUUUGGAGGUGACGAUCUUGCCUGUCAAGAAGUGCAACUCGGCGGCAGCGGCGGCCGCGGCGUCAGCGCAGGGCAACGGUGCUGCAGCGGCGUGUUCACAAACCCUGCAUGUGUAAGUCGGGCAGUGGUAGACGGAGAAUGAUUUAAUUGUAAAUAUAUUAAUUAGAAAUAUAUAUGUAUAUAUACAUAGGUAUAUAUAUAUAUAUUAAUAAAAAGUAGGAAUUUUUUGCUAAUUAUAUUAUUUAUUUAUUAAGCUAAACACAAAGUAAAUAUGAAGAUGUGAUGUGAUUUACUACAUAUUUAUUGCUAAAGAGCUCGAUUUUACUUUUUCACACUUCGUCUCUGUAUGUACAUAUAUAUAAUAUUUAUAAAUAUACAUGUAUAAAAUUGCAGUUAUAUAGCUUAAGUGCAGGGUUGCAUUCUUAGCUUAGACCUUAAAAGUAAAUAAAGCUUAAGGCCCACACUCCAGCGUACGUACGUAUGUACAUAUGUAUUGUAUUUAGCAUUUUCAUUUUUGUUGUUGUAUAUGUAUAAGGCUUUGCUCUUUCGCGAAGAGCGAAGAACUGGACGCGCGUGUAUAGCAAUAUUAGUGUUUAAGGCUACACAAAGUAAAUAUAUAUGGAAAUCAAUAGGUGUGUGUGUGUUUGGAGCUCUGAAGAUCAAAAAAAAUGGCGGCAGGUGCGCUGUGGAGACAGUUGGAGAGUUUUUCUGCAUUUUUUAACGUUCAGAAAUUUUCAAACCGCCACCUUGCGCCAUUUUCUUAGCUCUUGCCCACACUUAAGCUUAGCAAGCUAAUAGUUUUAAGUAAUACACACACACAUUUGUGUAUGUGUAUAUAAAUAUAUUUAGAUAUAUAUAUAUAUAUAUAUGUAUGUGUAUUCUUGUUUGUAUUUUUUGCUUAUUAUUUUUGUAAAUCGCAGUUUUUUGACGAGUCCAAAUGUUAACGUUGACGUUUAGUUGUCGUCAUUUGGUGUUUUAGUGUCUCAAAAAUAAAAAAA